CUUAUUACACCUUUUAGUCUUUAAUUCCGACGCCUCCUCGAGACAACCAGUAUACCUUAACUAUACGUAGGUCGGUAGCAAAGAAGAUGCCAAGUACUAGUUCUCAAAAAAGAACCCAGUUUUCUAGUUGCGAUGCUUGCCGUCGCUCACGAGUUGCUUGCGACGCCUCAAAACAGGGUUAUCAACCCGGUAAAGUAAAUUGGGCGGGCUCAUGUUCGAGAUGCGCUCUUAGAAGACGACCAUGUACAUUUGAGUGGAUUAAUGCUGCGAAGAGGAAACCUUUAAACCUAUAUAGAGAAGCGCCAUCUCACUCUUCUUCAACUGAAACGGAUCCUGCCAUUACCCAAGAUACCCAGGGUGGUACUAAUGCCAGUUUCUAUGAUCAAUAUGACACGGACCACAUCACGCCACUGGAUGAGCCAAGCGCAGACUUAAUUGAACCCCUCGGUCCACAAGCAGAGUCGGUAGACAUCUUGCUAACAUCUUGGUGUGACCAAAUCUUUCUCAAUGGGUUUGAACCCCUUUUCGGUCUCAUAGCUGGUAGAAAUGGCUGUCCAUUCGUGAAUAAUCCGACGAGUGAAGUUUGUAUUCCUCCGACAGAGCUUUUUAGGAAGCUCGACGCCGACACGGACGACGCGCCUGAUCGCCAAAAUCCCAAUUCCGGGCUUGAGGCACAGGGACAGCAGCAGGAAAAGGACUUUCAAAUCGAUCAGUCCCUGAAACAGGCGAUUCGGUCUUUUACAGCACAUUGGCUCCCGCUGGUAUCAAGUAAAAAUCACUUUACCACGAGCCAAAUCGAAGAAUUCACCAAGGAAAGUUGGCGCAUAGCAAGAAAAGAUAUGCUCAAAGUUGUCAACCGCAUAUCUUAUCGGUCUGCUCUCGCGUUGUAUCUUUUUGCUCAGACUCCUAUACCUGUCGGAAUCUCUGAUGAUGAAGAGCUAGACGGUAUCAGCGGAUUAGUAUGUAUCCAAACCGCUCUACUACAGAUACAGAGGCUCAGGGGACGACAACGAAGCCAUCAAUUCCAUGUGUCAGAGGUGUCAGCUUGGGCUGAUAUAUUAGCUGGCUCGUCUAAUCUCACUUUUACAGAAGCAUACCUGGACUUUGAGAGCCGGGCUUAUUGGACAGCAGUGGUUUGGGACACAUCAAACUCCUUAACCUUGAAUCUUAGAACAUCGUUAACAUCCGGACUAAAUGGAGCAUGUUCAGAGCCUGCGUGGCGCCUAGUCAGGACGUUCCUACUGGGGUCUUUCAAUACCAGAACGGAUCACUGGCGUAGCAGUAGCUUUGAUAUAUCCGACGAGAUAGCUUCUCAGAUUAUAGCUGCGGCUGAUAUUGGUAUGCUAUAUAUCUGGAAGAAUAUCACAUCAUUAAAGGAAGCACUGAGAGAAGGUGUAGAAGAGGAAAAAGUUUCAUUUGUAUGGAAUGCACUUAUAGAAGCUUCUAACAUCUUCAAAACUUCAAUUCGCCCCUUACUCAAUAGCCUUGAGAGGCAGCUUCACUUCUUGAGCCAACUGAGCCGACUGGCCUGGUAUGAGGUCAAUCUACAGUAUAACUUGGGUAUAUUGAUACUCUGCGAUUCGCUUGUUUUGGCGGAUCGAUUAGAUCUCUUGUCACAAAUAACUGAACUGAGACGGGAUGCCGAACACGAAUCUUUCAACAAUCUUAAGUUUGGCUUACAGAACACCUAUACCAUAUCCCGAUAUAGCGAUGAAUCGGACAAGGCAAGCCCUGGUAGGGGUAACUUCCCCGAAGAUCAAAUAAUAGUGUCGCUCAUAGCUCUUGAUCCGUACCCUAAUCGCGUUAUCGACUCUGCGCUGCUGAUGAGCAAAGUCAUCAGCAGUGAGUACCGACAAGGCAAGAUUAAGCAUGAAAACUAUUCCUAUCUUUCGUCAAUAUUGUCCCAAACUUUAGACGAGUUACCUCUGAAUGCCAAGAUUGUUCAAGCUGCUAGGGAGAAUUUGAAACAGUCAUUUCACAAGAUUGAUGAAGCAGCUGAGGCGUAACAUAGUCAUAUUAUCAUACACAUAGGUAGCACUAGAGUAAACAUGUAUCAGAUAAUAACAAAAGUUUCAACA